AUGGCUUCCAUGUCAGAGGAGGAUUUCUGCUGUUCGGUCUGUCAUGAAAUCUUCAGAGAUCCAGUUCUUCUGUCAUGUAGCCACAGCUUCUGUAGAGACUGUUUGAAGAGCUGGUGGACAGAGAAACCAACACAGGAGUGUCCAUUUUGUAAGAGAAGAUCUUCAAGGCCAGAACCACCUUGUAACCUGGAGUUAAAGAAGCUGUGUGAGAGUUUCUUACAGCAAAGAGAUCUGAGAGCUUCAGACUCUCUCUGCAGUCUGCACUCGGAGAAACUCAAACUCUUCUGUCUGGACCAUCAGCAGCCAGUGUGUGUCGUCUGUCUACAUUCAGAGAAACACUCCAACCACAGAAUCAGACCCAUCGAUGAAGCUGCACGACAACACAAGAAGGAACUCCAGGAAACUCUGGAGCCCUUAAAGGAGAAGAUAAAGGUUUUUGAACAAGUUAAAGUGAAGUUUGAUCAAACAGCAGAACACAUGAAGGUCCAGGCCCGACGCACAGAGACGCAGAUUAAGGAUCAGUUUAAAAAGCUUCACCAGUUUCUAGAAGAGGAAGAGAAGGCUAGAAUGGCUGCACUGAGGGAGGAAGAGGAGCAGAAGAGUCAGAGGAUGAAGGAGAAGAUGGAGGCUCUGAGCAGAGAGAUAGCAGCUCUUUCAGACACAGUCAGAGCCACAGAGGAUCAGCUGAGAGCUGAAGACGUCUCAUUCCUGAUCAACUACAAGGCUGCAGUGGAAAGAGUCCAGCAGCGCCCCCUGCUGGAGGAUCCACAGCUGCUCUCAGGAGCUCUGAUAGACGAGGCCAAACACCUGGGCAACCUGAGCUUCAACAUCUGGGAAAAGAUGAAGGACAUGGGGUCCUACACUCCUCUAGUUCUGGAUCCAAAUACUGCUUAUCCAAACCUCAUCCUGUCUGAAGAUCUGACCAGUGUGAGACGAGGAGAGGAACAGCAGCUUCCUGAUAAUCCAGAGAGGUUUGAUAGAUACCACUCUGUCCUGGGCUCUGAGGGCUUUAACUCAGGGACUCACAGCUGGGAUGUCGAUGUUGGAGACAGUACAUACUGGAGACUGGGUAUGUUAGCAGAGUCUUUCCAGAGGAAGGGAUCCAUAGACUCUGGAUUAUGGGCAAUAUAUUUCUCUGAAGGUAAAUACUCAGCUUGUUCUCCUUCAGCUCGAAACACUGUUCUCCCGUUUGAGACGCAGCUCCAGAGGAUCAGAGUGACUCUGGACUGGAACAGAGGAAAGCUGUCGUUCUCUGAUCCUGAUACUAACACACACAUACACACUUCCACACACACUUUCACUGAGAAGAUGUUUCCAUUCAUUUACACUCUGGGUAAUCUGAAGUUAUUGCCCCUGAAGGUCUGUGUGACAAAACAACAGAUCUGA